AUUCACCAAGCUAUGGUAACAUCCCUAAAUGAAGAUAAUGAAAGCGUAACAGUUGAAUGGAUUGAAAAUGGAGAUACUAAAGGCAAAGAGAUUGACUUGGAGAGCAUAUUUUCACUUAAUCCAGAUCUUGCUCCUGAUGAAGAUAUUGAACCUAGUCCAGAGACACCACCACCACCUACUCCAUCAGCCAAAGUAAACAAAAUCGUGAAGAGUCGACGAACUGUGGCACCUAUUAAGAAUGACACACCUGCCAGAGAUAACAGAGUGGUUGGUUCUGCACGUGCGCGACCUACUCAGCUUCCUGAGCAGUCUUCCUCCUCUCAACAGAAUGGUAGUGUUUCAGAUAUAUCUCCAGUUCAAGCUGCAAAAAAGGAAUUUGGACCCCCUUCACGUAGAAAAUCUAAUUGUGUAAAAGAGGUCGAAAAAUUGCAAGAGAAACGUGAAAAAAGAAGGUUACAGCAGCAGGAACUUAGAGAAAAAAGAGCUCAGGAUGUUGAUGCUACAAACCCAAAUUAUGAAAUUAUGUGUAUGAUAAGAGAUUUCAGGGGAAGUUUAGAUUAUAGACCGCUGACAACUGCAGAUCCUAUUGAUGAGCACAGGAUAUGUGUUUGUGUACGAAAACGACCACUCAAUAAAAAAGAAACUUUAAUGAAAGACCUUGAUGUAAUAACAAUUCCUAGUAAAGAUGUUGUGAUGGUACAUGAACCAAAACAAAAGGUGGAUUUAACAAGGUACCUAGAAAACCAAACUUUUCGAUUUGAUUAUGCCUUUGAUGACACGGCUCCUAAUGAAAUGGUUUACAGGUUUACAGCUCGACCAUUAGUGGAGACCAUAUUUGAAAGGGGAAUGGCCACUUGUUUUGCAUAUGGGCAAACAGGCAGUGGAAAAACCCAUACUAUGGGUGGUGAUUUUUCAGGAAAGAACCAAGAUUGUUCUAAAGGAAUAUAUGCACUUGCAGCUCGAGAUGUCUUUUUAAUGCUAAAGAAGCCAAACUAUAAGAAGUUAGAACUUCAAGUAUAUGCAACGUUUUUUGAGAUCUACAGUGGUAAGGUUUUUGACUUGUUGAACAGGAAGACAAAAUUAAGAGUGUUAGAAGAUGGUAAACAGCAAGUCCAGGUGGUGGGAUUACAGGAACGGGAAGUCAAAUGUGUUGAAGAUGUUCUUAAGCUUAUUGAAAUAGGCAACAGCUGCAGGACAUCUGGCCAGACAUCUGCAAAUGCACACUCAUCUCGAAGCCAUGCAGUGUUUCAGAUUAUUCUCAGAAGGAAAGGGAAAUUGCAUGGUAAAUUUUCUCUGAUUGAUUUGGCUGGCAAUGAAAGAGGAGCAGAUACUUCCAGUGCAGAUAGGCAGACGCGACUGGAAGGCGCGGAAAUUAACAAGAGCCUUUUAGCACUCAAGGAGUGCAUUAGAGCCUUAGGCCGAAAUAAACCUCAUACACCCUUCAGAGCAAGUAAACUUACUCAGGUGCUAAGAGAUUCAUUCAUAGGAGAAAACUCCCGUACCUGUAUGAUCGCUACAAUUUCACCAGGGAUGGCAUCAUGUGAAAACACUCUAAAUACGUUGAGAUAUGCAAAUAGGGUGAAGGAGCUGACGGUCGAUCCUAGUGCCGCAGGAGAUAUCCGUCCCAUUAUACACCACACUCCCAAUCAGAUCGAUGACUUGGAGACACAGUGGGGUGUAGGGAGCUCUCCUCAGAGGGAUGAUCUCAAACUGCUUUGUGAACAAAACGAAGAGGAAGUUUCUCCACAGUUGUUUACUUUCCAUGAAGCUGUGUCACAAAUGGUAGAAAUGGAAGAGCAAGUAGUAGAAGACCACAGGGCUGUCUUCCAGGAAUCUAUUAGAUGGCUGGAAGAUGAAAAAGCUCUUCUUGAGAUGACAGAAGAAGUAGACUAUGAUGUGGAUUCUUACGCUACCCAACUUGAAGCAAUUCUAGAGCAAAAAAUUGAUAUUCUGACCGAACUUAGAGAUAAAGUGAAAUCUUUCCGGGCAGCUCUACAAGAGGAGGAACAGGCCAGUAAACAGAUCAACCCGAAAAGACCACGCGCCCUUUGAAAUGGGCCCUUGCUGCUAAAGGAAUCCACGAACCCGUACUGCUGUAGCACACAUUUGUUACAAAACCCAGUGGCCGUAAGAACUCAACUACUUGAAAGUGUAAAAACAUUAGAAAUGUCUGUGGAAAUGUCCUGUUUCUUACUCACCUGAAUGACAUUUUCAGUUUUGUGUGAAAUGCUCCUAUGAUGUCUACAAAAUGCUUCUAGACCAGACAGCACAACCAUGCAGGGUUCAGAUCUGUGAAGCACUUUGUUUAAAAUAUUUCAUUUAUUCAAAUCGUGAAUUUUAUUGUUUGGAAAUAUUUGCCAUGUUUUUAAUAAUGAAGUAAAACUGUGGCUAUUAAAAAGUCACAGUAUUUCCUUUCGACUAUGUUCAGUUUUAUUACAAAGACCAGCUGUGCAGUUUUAAAUUGUGUUUGCGUGCAUGCACACCUCACUAGUGGUUGUACAUAACUUCUCUUCUACAGACAGCUGUGCUUACCUCUUCCCGUUCUGUGCCUUGAUGAAGGCUACUUAACCCUAAACAUCCUCUCUCUGAAGCACAGCCUUAAUAAACAACAUUCCUUAUUUGUCAAUAUAAAUUACUUUCAGUGUGUGUAUGUUUUUAAUGUGUUUUGAGACUUUUUUUUUUUUAGUGGCUAAUUUUAUUUUAAAGGAUGUGCCAUAUCAUUUGAACAGGAACUGCAAGAGCUGUAAAGAGUGGACAAACAGCUGGACAUUCCAUCCUCCUUGUAAAAAUCUGGAAUCUAGAUUUAUUUGAAUACCAUAAAGAAUGGUUAUAUAAUUCUAACAUUUUCUCUGUAAUUAAAAAAAAAAGGAAAAAACAGAACAAAAAACCAAAAAUAUAAAUUAGUUGAUGUAUAAUAAAGGGUAAUGUUUAAGUACUGAGGAGAGUUGUAUCUUAGGAUAAUGCAGAUAUACAGUAUGUGGUAUGGUGUGAUAAUGCUGUCAGAGUAAAGGUACGAUCUGAGCUCUGCGUAUGGAUAGGAUAACUGUCAAAGUUCAGGGAUCCAGCUAAAUACAUACAUUGGCCUUUCACAUACUGUUAAAAUUUGGCUUUUGAUGCAUGACAAACUUACAUGUACAUUAACUGUAGUUUGCAAGUAGUCUGAGUAGCUCUGUUGCUUUAAAAAAAGGUAGCUGAUACCUAUUUUUCCCUUUGUACAGUGCCAGCAGCUGAAAAGUGGGGUGAAAUUGCACCGUUUGGGGAUUUUGCACAAUACCUCUACCUGGCACUAAUAGAAAUCCCACAAGUACCUGAAUUCUCAUGAAGGGCACCAUGUGCAUCAGCACUUUUUAGGUGGUGGCACUCAAGUUAUUUUUGGAAGUCAGUAUCCAAAAAAGAUUGACCUUUCAUGUAAGAACUUCUUGUCAAAUGAAGAAUUGUAGACCUCUCUAGGAGUUCUCCCUGUUUCCAGGAGUUUGUAUCAGCAGACUUUCCCUUGGAACUGUUUAAAAAUUACUUUCGGAAUACAAGCCUGUUUGUUUGUGCCAGGCCUGGAGGGAAAUAAAGGGAAGGCAAUGAAAAGAGAGUUAAAUGAGCCAGGAAUUCUUGUAGUGUUUAAUGUUUGUAUCUCCCAUAGGAAGGUAGGCUAUGGGAAACUCUUGUCGCAUCAUGGUUAAAAAUAAAAAAAAAAAUCCUGUGUGUAAACAUGAAAACUGAAACAAUAAUGUAGAUUUUACAUAAUGUGUUUAAUAAAUUAAGCUAUUAAAUGAAUUACAGAUGAGAAUUUACUUCUAUGAAAGUUGUGCUUCGGGAAGGGUUUCACUUUGUAAGCGUAUCGGAGUUACACUUUUGAAAAGGCCUCUGAUUUCAGAAUGAAUACUUAACUUCUGGAGCGAACUCUUCUGUACAAAUUUGUCAUCUAGGAAGAAGUUCCCCAGAGCACUGUCCUGACUUUACUUUUGCAGCAGGUCUUAAAAGAAACGUCACACAUCUUUGAGCAUUUAAGAACAUCGUCCAUCAGUUAAAAGAAAAAAACAAUUAAAUAGAAGGCAGCAGCUGUUGUUAGCAGGUGAUAGUACAGUUUAUCAUAGAAUACCACAGGAUUUCUUUGAAGAUGCUCUAAAGAAAUCUUACUUUCUAAAAAGCCUCUGAAGAUUCAAACAUCCUACAUGAGAAACAGUGGCUUCCCUACUAUUCCUCCAUGCAAGCCUAGAGCCACAACCAGGCUGUGGUUUACAGCGGGUACUAAAGAGGACAGGAAGGACAGAGGCAGUUAGAUUUCAGCAGCUUUUUACGAAGCCUUGUAAAUGACGUGUCCUGUCAAGUAGCAGAUGCAAGCUGAAAUUGUGUCUACUGCAGGGGUAAUGUUAAGAGACAGCCUUUGUGACAGAGCCUGCUGUAAAGGUCAGAUCUACACUGAUACUGAAGCAGUGAGAAUCAAGAUAAACUGAUAUGGCUGGUUACGGCACUUGAAUUCCUGUAGCCCACUACUGUGAUGGGCUGGAAUUACUUGAAUAGGACUCGGACGAGGUUAUCUUGAUUCCUGUCCUGUGAAACGAAAGCAUUUAGGAAGCGUGACAGAAAUCUCCAGCACUUGUUCCUUCUGUAUUCGUCUGUGCAUAUUGCUGUGGCUACUUACCUCAGUCAUAAACUGGCUCUAUAUGCAGUGGAGCAGCAGUAGAAUAAUUAAAUUAUAAAAUAAAUGAGCAAUUCCGUUUUCCAGGACAAUCUCUCAGGAUGCCUGCAAAUUCAACUACAUAUUUCUGUACAUGUUUCUGAAUCAAUGACUUCUGAAGAAUUGACAUUGGAUGUGUAUAAAAUGAAGUUCUGUCUUAGAGGAACUUCUGCUAAUUUGCCUCUUCUCCACUUACCGUGCUCUUACGGAAAAAGAUACGCUAUACAUGAAAAAAUGACAUGGUAGUUAAUACACGGAGUCACACCUUCACCGCUGCAUAAUGCUACAGAGUUAAUAGUUACUGUUUUCCUGAAUCAUGAGACAGACCAAACUGGAUUUUUCUUUUGACAGGCGCUAUGCAGCAUUAAUGCAAACUUCCUUGGGAAAACUCUGCCUUGUCUUUAAUAACAUGUAUUUAUAAUCCAACCUAUUAAGACAAAGUUGAAGUCUUUGUCAGGACACAGGCAUGCAUUGCUCUAAGACUCAGUGAAAGCUUUGGUGUAUGUUAAAACUCCUCCUCGCCUUGAAGGGUGAAGUAGUUUUCUUAUAAAAAUAGCUGUUUGAAUUUACAGUUGAUAAAGACCCCUUCUGUCUAUGCUUAUGAGCAGUGGCCCUUCGGUAAUUUUCUGCUGGUUCCUACAGUGGUUUGAUGGCAAUAAGGAGUGGUUAAAGGAGACGACACUGCUAGUUUCAGGUACCUUGGUAAUGUUUUUCUAAACGAUACCAAGCCCACAAGAUAAAUGCUUUUGUUUCUGAGAUGCAGUUACUGGGAUUUCUCCAAGAGAAGCAGAUUACUAACAGACUUGGAAUGUGGGUAGCGACCAGAGGACAAAUGGAAGAGACAGGCAUUUCAAAUCAAAAGAAAGUGUUUAAAUAUACUUUAAAACAAACAAACAAAAAAAUCCCAAACAAAUGGAAUGAUUACAACUGGUUUUGUUGCCCAGACCAGACUUAGCGGUUUGUACUGUUGACUAUUGUGCAAGAAUAUAUUGAGGUGAAGUCCAUGAUCAGAGAACACAGACUGCAAUUAUGGCAGCAUCAACCCAUGUUAUUU